AAUGGAUGAAUUUUUUGAUGAUCCAGCUGGCACUAUUGAAACAUAUAUAGUUCCAGAAGUUGCUGCUCAACCUUUAAUGUUUAAUGAUGCAGGUAUGGUAUUUUUGAAAUUUUUAAUAAAGCUAGAUAACCAUUUGAAAUGUCAAUUGCACCUAAUGCUGGAGUUACUGUAUUAGUGGUAGAAAUAGCAUAUAAAUUAUUAUCUAUUUUAGAGUGCUGAACAAUAACAAAGAAGAGAAAAAUUGAGAGAGGUUGAAGAAGAACGAAUUAAAUUGAUAAGAGAAAGAGAUUAGGAAGAAAGAAUUUAAAAAUAAUAAAAAAAAGAGAAGGCAUAAUAAUAUUUAUUGCAAUUCUAAACGUAUUUAAUUAAAUAAUAUAUAUAAAGACAAUUGAAAAGUGAUAUUCAAGCACGUAAAGAUGCAAAUAAAUAAGCAUAAGAGCUACGGUCUCUAAAUAAAAGUCAAUAUGUAUUGUGUAAUUCUACUCAAAGAAAAACUCUUGGGAUUAGAUAGCUUAGAAUGUAGCUUUGAAAGAUGGUGAAUAUCCUGGAGAAAAGGAUGUAACCAAAAUGAGACAAGCCAUACUUAACAAGAGAAAAGACUUGACUAAGUGAAAAUGU